GCCGAGCCUUGGUCCGAGGCCCCAGCUCCCUGAUGAAGAAGGCUGAGCUCUCGGACGCCCAGGCGCUGGACGCGGCCAUGGAGGAGUCCUCCACCAGCCUGGCUCCCACCAUGCUCUUCCUCACCACCUUCGAGGCGGCACCUGCCACGGAAGAGUCCCUGAUCCUGCCCGUCACCUCCCUGUGGCCUCAGCAGGGACAGCCCAGGCCUGAUGGGGAGGUGAUGCCCACAUUGGACAUGGCGCUGUUUGACUGGACCGAUUACGAAGACCUGAAACCCGACGUCUGGCCCUCCAUGAAGAAGAAGGAGAAACACCGGGGCAAGCUCUCCAGCGACGGGAACGAGACCUCAGCAGCCGAGGGCGACCCAUGUGACCAUCACCAGGACUGCCUGCCAGGGACCUGCUGUGACCUGCGGGAGCAUCUCUGUGCACCCCACAACCGAGGCCUCAACAACAAGUGCUUCGACGACUGCAUGUGUGUGGAGG